UAGAGGCCAGAUUCCUAUCUCUACCUAUCUACGAUAGUCGAGUCACCGCUUUCGCCGUUUCUCGCCGGACUGGUGCCAAUUCAGUGCGCGUGCACCUUAAUGCCGGGCAAACGCUCUUUACCGCGCCCUGCCGCUGUGACGUCACCCGCCGUCCUUCUGGUUGAGUGGAGCCAGACGCGUGUUUAUUUUACACAGUUUGCUUUUAAACGCUGUUGAAUCCGAGUCGAAAUUUUAGUUAUUUGUGUUAAUUAAGACAUAAUUAGUAAUUAGUGAUAUUUAUAAAUAGUAAUGGAUGAGCGAAAACAGUCGGGAAGUUCUAAAAAAUACUGCGUGGUUCCGCUUUGUAAAAAUACUACUUAUACUACGCCAGACAAACUAUUCUUUAGUGUACCAAAGAAUGAUGCUAUAAGAAAAAAAUGGUGCAAGGCCAUGAGAAGAGAUGAAAAGAAAAACGUGAAAUUAUCCUCUAUUUCUACGAUUUAUUGUUGUGAAGAUCAUUUUGAUCUAGCAGAAGAUCUUGAAAAUUAUUGGCAAUUUACGCUAAUGAAAAACGUUCGCCCAAGAUUGAAGAAAGGUGUUGUUCCUAGAUUGUUCACCUGCCAGGAAUUGAUAACGAGUGCUACGGUUGCACGACCUGAUGCACGAAAGAGAAGAAAAAAUCAUAUAGUCGUAGAGGCUCUAAGUGGAUAUGAAACACGCCCUUUGGAAUCAGCGGCUAGUUCCUCCUCUUUAGAGCAUGUACAAUCUGGCAUGACAGAAGAACGAGAAAUGAAAAUAAUGAUCAAGCAAGAGCCAGUAAUAUCUCAUAUAAAAAUAGAAACAACAGAAGCUUGUAUCUCAGAAUCGGCGGCUAGUUUCCAUGCUAUAGAACAUGUACAAUGUGAUAUGUUAGAAGAGCCAGAAAGUAAAGUGCUGAUCAAGAAUGAGCUAGAAAUAUCUCCUAUUAAAAUAGAAACAGCAGAAGCCUGUAUCUCAGAAUCAGAGACUAGUUCCUACUCUUUAGAGCAUGUACAUUUUGACAUGUUAGAAGAGCCAGAAAAUGAAGUACUAAUUAAGACUGAGGCAGUAAUAUUUCCUAUAAAAAUAGAAACAACAGAACCUAGGAUUUCGGAAUCAAUGGCUAGUACUUCCGAUUUAGAGCCUGUAGAAUCUGACAUGAUAGAAGCGUCAGAAAUUAAAGCGUUGAGCAAAACUGAGGCAGAAAUAUCUCCUAUGGAGACAGAAACCGGCGAAGCUAGCAUUUCUACGAAUAAAAUAAACUUUAGUCAGUCCGUGUGCAGUUCAAUUAAAGAAGAAAAUAUAUCUACAGAGAUUGAUGAAAGCUAUACCGGCACUGACUGGGGUUAUUACUUUGGAGAAGGGUCGUAAUAUAUUUUUUUGGGAUUAGGUAUCGCUAGCACGAUCGAUGUGAAUCUGUUUUUGACAAAGGAACAUUCGUAAAAAUUAGCAGAAGUUAUCGUGGAGCCAUUUUUUUUCAAAAUAAGUUUUUGAUAUCUCAAAUGGCCUCUUCCAACAUUUAUCUGUAAAUAUAGCAGAAUAUUUACAAAAACGAUACCAAUAUAUUGUUUGACCUACUAUACAGAUUGAAUUAAGUCUUAUAUGACGAUUCCGUGAUGGUCGAGCAACUGAUUUAAGCAUUACAGAAGCAUCAUUAUUAGAAGGAUGUAAAUUAAUACGACCACCUUCAGUUACCUCAAAACGGUUAAGGCUGCAAGAAUUCAUUAUGUUACAACCUCAUUCAUAAUCUUGUACCAGUAACAUACAGCGACUAUAUCGUCGGUGAAAUGUGAUAAACUGCUAACUCCAUUAUUCCUAAUUUUACAGGAGAGCAAAAAAACGGUACAAAAAAAAUAUG